UAUCUUGAUCUGUUGCUUGUUAUUCUUUUUGCCAGUACUCAACUACGAUAUACGCCAGGAAGAUGUGGAUAGACUGAAAGCGGCUAACAUCUGGAAUUCUCUGCUGGUCGGAAACAACAGUGAUGCUGACUUCUGGGGGGAUUGUCUUUUCGUCGGCAACAAGGAGCUCCUUGACGGAAUCCGUUUUUCAGAUGAUGAUGUGGCUGUCAAAAUCGAUAAAGCCAUUGACAAAAUGAUGGAUUCACUAAAAUCAAAAUUUAAUAAGUUCUUUCAACACAUUAAUCAUGAUUUUGAAAAUCGGUUGAAGAAACGAAACAAAGAGAUGAAAGAGAUGCAACCUGUGGUUCUUGCAGCUAAAGAAUGCUUCCAAAACUGCUUAUCUUUGUCUGAACUGCACGAGUGUCUUAGUGCCAAGUUUUCUCAGAAUCGGCAAAUAACCGUAAACCUAUAUGAACACUAUACUAGGAAGAAAGGCGGAGAUGCUUAUGAUCAGCUGUCGUUGGUGCGUUCUUUACAAAGAAAGAAGAAAAAACAGCUUGAAGAUCAGAAGACUGAGGAAAGUCUUCUUCAAGAUGAUACUGAGGAAAGUCUUCUUCAAGAUGAUACUAAGGAAAGUCUUCUUCAAGAUGAUACUGAGGAAAGUCUUCUUCAAGAUGAUCAUCAGAAGACUGACGAAACUGGUCUUGUUGAUCAAAAGACUCUUGAAUGUCUUCAAGAUGAUCAGGCAAAGCGUCAAGAUCUUCCUCAAAUUUUGAGGCAGCUUUUCACUUCUAAGACGAGGAUGGGUGAAGCUAUUUCAUCUCAGAGGGAGAUGGUGGACACUCUAAUGGGAUUGCAAAGGAAGACUGCAACUAAGGAGGAACUAUCAUCUGUUCAGAGAGAUUUAAGAAGAAAACUCCAAAAUGUUGGCAGUGACAUAUCAAGUCAAGUGGUCACUAACAUUCAAGGAACUUUAACUUCUCGCAGUGACGAAGCUGUCACCUUAUUUGAAAAAGCUGUCAUUUCAAAGCUUAAAAGAGCUAUAAAUAAACUUCAGACAUCUGUCCAGGAAAGCGUCAAGAUUAGUGAUUCG